UCUUGCAGAGAAGCCUAGGAGAAUAGAGGGUGUGGUCUCUGUUCUUGAGGAGUGCACAGACCAUGUGAGGACGUCUGCUAGGAAAGGUAAAACCUUUGGUAAUAGCCUGCAGCUCAAGGACAUGCCUCCUGUGGGAACACUUACCAGGCAGAAAUACUACAGUCUGCAGAGGGACGCCUUGCCGGAUAUCAAGAAGAAGCAGCAGGAUGUGGUUAGAUUUUUGGAAGCCAACAAGAUAGAGUUCGAGGAGGUGGACAUCACCAUGUCAGAAGAACAGAGGCAGUGGAUGUACAAAAACAUCCCCCCUGAGAAGAAGCCUUCACAGGGCAACCCUCUGCCGCCUCAGAUAUUUAACGGCGACCGAUACUGUGGAGACUAUGACAGUUUUUUUGAAGCAAAAGAGAGCAACACAGUCUUCUCAUUCUUGGGCCUGAAGCCUCGGCCAGCGUCCACGGCUGAGCCUUAGAGAUGGAGAGUAGAAGGUGAUGGAGUUGCAUUUUGGAGCACCCCGGUACUCGACACAUACCUGCUUACCUGAUGCAUCACUGUGACAAAGCCACAUGCACAAUCGGCCACUUCGCUUGACCCGGAGAAGGUGUUUUUGGUGGACCUGGGAGUAAUAGGGACUGCAUGAUUGUUCUAAGCUAAUCAGGGCUCUGGUGGUGGAUUGUCUUGUUUUCUCGUUUGUUUGUGGUUGCCUCGCUCACAGACAGGAAGUACUGUCUGUCCCCUGUUAUAGUCUGCUUCCUUAAUGACUGGCGGGUUAACUGGGCAGCACCAUCGGGGAGAAAACGUCGGAUCUGCCCUCAGUCUUCCUGGACACCAGUAUUGCAGAAGCCCACUCCUCUUUACGCUGCCUGCAUCGCAUCCUUGAAACCAGCUUGCCAGGACGACAAAAAGUCUUUGAAUCAGAGAGAAGAAAGGCAGUGCUGGUUGGCAGAGGACUUUGAGGGUUCUCACUGCGGAAUCACAAAUGUCCCUUCUCUGGUACUUUGUAAGAACGCCUGCAGGGGACGUUGGAUGCUCUCGACUCCUUUCUGUAGUGGAAACCCGCACCCCUAUAAACUCUCCAGGCUCUCCAGGCUCCUACAGGUGCUUCCAGAACCACCAUUGCAAUAUCGCCCUGUCACAACCAAGUCACGGGACAGAAAAAGAUUGCUGCGGAACACGUCUCCUUCUUUGUCUCUUGCAAGGGGGACGUUUCACUAUAUGCCUAAGACCGCUUGAGAGAUGUAUUUUAAGAAGUGCACUACGUAGAUAGUAAGUUAAUAGAAAGUUUGCUCUGUCUGUAUGCAAAGGCAUCUUCAGCUCUUGUAGUUUAAUUACACAUGCACAUAUAUUUUUAAAUGCAGCUCCCCUGAGUAACAGCUGCUUGUUCUAUUUUGUGAAGGGAUUAUAUUUUUGGAGAAAGGAAAUGCUCGGCUAGAUAUAUUUUGUGAACCGUUGAUGAAGUGCAUUAGGAGGCACCGGGACUGCCGGGGCUGGGUUUAAUGGUAGAAUACUUGCAUAGCACACUCAUGCUGCUGCGCUCAGCUCCAGUACCAUGGAAAGGAAAAACAGACACCACUGGCUAGUGUGCUUUCCCGUGUUACUUACCGCUGUCCCCUCAUUGUCUUUGUUCCCCUUCAGACCAGUUCCCAGCCUCAGACAUUUCAGAGUAACACAGACACGCACUCUUGCCUGAUGUAUGAGUCCAAGCGAGAUUUCAGAGCAGCAUAGACAAGAAAGGAGCUGUCUAGAGAGUAGUCCUGGGCCCUUCUUAAGGAGCAGAGUCUUCUUGCUCUUUGGGUGGACACUGGUGGACACUGACCAGUCCUCAAACAUAGGGCUAACCUUGACUAGGAUAAACUCGGGGCUGGCUGGACUCUCCCACCUCCCCCAGCAGCCUGCCGCAGGACCUUUCACUCUGAUUCUGAGAAGGGAAUGUUUGAGAAAUUGACGGAGCAAACUAGUGGCCCUCUCUGCCACCCCCACCACGAGCUUUGAUAAAUGUUGACUGUUCUGCGGCAUGUUUUUUUGAAAGCUGAAGUUGAGAUCUCAGCCUGAGAUGUGCAGUCCUGUUACAGCCGGAAGAAAGGACAGCUUUCUUCAUGAAUGGACCAGAUGCUUGAUGUACAAUUUUCUCUCCAGGGAAAGUUUGUCAAGUUGUGGAUAUUACUGGCUAGCUGAGCUUAAACAAGAUCCAGGACAACCAUUUGAUAAAUCCCAGGGACUUCCCAGGGUUUUUUUUUUUUUCUCCUUUUUCUUCUAAAUGGAUAUUGUGCUUGAGUUUGUGAGUCUGCUGACAAGACACAUUUCUAUUUAAAACAGAGCGAUCUUAAAACUUAUCUCAUGAAAUCAGCCCAGCUUACAUUGAUUGAGUCUAUUCUUACCAAUGAGUGCCAAGAACCAGUUUGGUAAAGUGAAGUCUUAGCAUGUUUUGGAUUGUAAGAGCAACAUCAUACUUGUGAGACAGAAAAGCUACCAAGAUUUGUCUUAUAACUUUUUGAUUGGUCGUACUAUACCAAUAUGACCACGUUAAACACACUGAAUAGAUGGUGUGCUUACAAUUACUAUCACAGUUGCAUGUCAUUUUCUUGCCGUGAUUCUUUUGCGGGCACACUGGAGAGUCAGCAGAGAACACAGGUGAUGAGUGGUAGUUCCUUCUUUCAGUGGCUGGAAGCCCAGGAUAUGGAGUUGACCGUAGUUCCCAGGCAUACACAGGUGGUGUGUGUAGAACAUACUGGGUCUGUACUUAAAUGCCUACCAGUCUGACUGAUGAACUGACUUUUCUCCUUCCUUCUUCCUUUCCCUCUUUCUAUUGGCUGUUGCUCGGGAUGGAGUCUUGCUAUGUAGACCUGGAACCUAGUCCUUCUGUCUCCCAAGGGCUAAGAUUGCACACUUAGCUGAAAUAGUGUUCCUCUUAUUCCCUUUAAUUGGCUGCCCUAAAUUUGGUCGCCACCACCUUCAAAGCCCAGGAAAGAAGUGCAGGCACGGCUGUAAUGCCAGGGCCUUUCAAGGCAGAGUUGACUUCCUGGUGGAACCGAGGAAACGGGCUGCUGACCACCGAAUGGUGCCAUUUUAACCUUAGGUGAAUGUGGAACGCCAUACUGCUAGGUGUCUGCAGACCAGAAGAACAUUUAGUUCAGGAAAUGCUUUGCCAAAUCCUGGGGGGUUAUUAAAGUCUAAGAGGAGAAAAAGAAGACAUUUUACCCUUAGUUGCUAAUGUAUUUUAGUUUUGUUUUGUUUUAUAAAGUUAACCCAACAUUUACAUUUUUAUAUUGUGUGAAUUUAGCCUUCUAAAUAUUUUUCUUUUAGUUGAAAGGUACCAAAGGCUUUUAUGUUUUGUUUGGUUUGUUUGAUUUUUAUUGUGGGGUUUGUUUUUUCUAGGAAUACUUUGAUACAGGUUUGUCCCCGAGCAUCUGGGUCUGCUUCAGUCUGUGUAAUUGUUUUGAUUUCUGUUUGUAUCUGUCUCUCAAGGCAUUGGUGAAAUCUCAGAUUUUAUAUUCUUCAUUAAAGGAGAAUAAAUUCCAGAAAACAUGGCAUUCCGAAACUGGAGUUGUUUCUUCCUAGUCUCACUCCUUUUUCAACUUCUAGUCUGGAGUUAGCUGGAUCCUUUCGGUUUCUCCAGGAAGCUGUUUCUGCUGCCAUCCAUGAAAGGAUUAGACUGGUACAGACACAGAACUCAUGCAGCCACUCACUUGAGAAGGAUGCAUGUGGUUCUGCCCGGGCACACUGGGAGGCAAACAGACCCCAGCCCGCCCCCCACGCAGUCCAUUGCUGAGGUGGGACUUCCUCAGCCACUAGUGUGUUCUGUGGUCUCCCAGGCACACUGAAUCCACUCUAGUGGUUUGUCCCAUACUGGUUGCAGGAAACACCAGAGGUGGCCAUGACUUGCCCUACUUGGGCCUCCUUUGAGCCACAUUUGGAAGCAAAAGAAGGUGAGGGGGCGGGGGGGGGGGGGCUGAGGCUGGAACUCACCAAGAAACAAUUUCGGAACUUAAACACCAGGACAGAUGGAGAGUGGAGGAGGGGUCGGUCAAAGGCGACAAGCUCUGAGCCGGCAGAAAUGUGUCUACUCAUGAAACCAAAUCAGCAAAUAGCCCUGUUCUCCGUGUGACCCAGAUUCCAACGGGAGGGUUUCCCAGCUCUAGACACACAGGCGAGACUAGCAUGGCUGUCUUUCCUGCCAGCAUGGAUUAAGCCCUCACAGUGCAAUGGGUCCUGACUGAGCAGCACAGGAGGAUGAGGAGAGCAAAAGAAAGCAGCAGGCGGAUACAGCAGCCGUCAGUGGCAGGCCAGCUAAGCGGUCAGGACUCAAGGCUACAGUGUGUCAGAGAAAUGUUAGCGUUUUUUCCCUUAUUAAAACCAUCCCGACUUUUUAGAUUGAACGACAUGUGUACGUACACGCAUAUCUACUGAAGUAUAAAGAGUAAUAAUAAUCACCCUGUAUGCCUGCUGCCUGCCUUACUGCCUUUUCCCCUCGGCACCCCGUGUGCCCCUCCCUGACCUUCUCCUUCUCCCUAUUGAAUAAAGGGGGCCUCACCCUGUAUUUGUGUGAUCGAAGCCCUUCGACCCUUUAAAGUUUUGUCUCCGUGUAUGAAUCCAUAAGGAAUAAUAAACAGAACUAAACUGGA